AUGCCGCCCGUCGACGCCAAAGCACCGUCGCAGACACCUGCCGAACCCAUCCUCUUCUCCUUCCCGGACUCGGACCAGCUCUCGCGCAACCUCGCCGAUUUCGUCAUCAAGGCUCAGAACGAUGCCAUCUCUCGCCGAAACAAGUUUACGCUCGCCACUUCGGGUGGAUCGUUGCCCAAGAUGCUCGCCAAGUAUCUGAUCAACCGCGACGACAAUGCUUUGCGGUGGGACAAGUGGGAGAUCUUCUUCUGCGACGAACGACUCGUUCCACUCGACCACGAGGACUCCAACUACUACCUGUGCCAUCAGGAGUUCUUCUCCAAGGUUCCUGAGCUCAAGAGGAGUCAGAUCCACACCAUCGACGAGAGCCUUCUGGACGAUCCCGAGGAGCUUUCGGAUGCGUACGAGAAGCAGCUCGUCCAGGCAUUUGCAGGUAAAGAAGCAGUACGCAAUCCAGUGUUCGACCUGAUCCUGUUGGGAAUGGGUCCAGACGGUCACACCUGCUCGCUCUUCCCCGGACACGAACUCUUGACCGAACAGGACCGUUGGGUCGCCCCCAUCGAGGACAGCCCCAAACCCCCCGCCAAGAGGAUCACCUUCACCUACCCCGUCUUGAACCACGCCCACAGGUUGGCGUUCGUGCUCGCGGGAGAAGGGAAACAGGAGAUGCUGAGCAAGGUGUUGGAUCAACCAGAGUUGGGUCUGCCCGCAUCGAGGGUGAGACCUUCUCCUCCGGGCGAUAUCUACUUUUUCACGGAUAACGCCGCUAGCAAGACGACCAAGUAUGAGAGGUCCGAUUUCAAGCUUUGA